AUCCCCCAAAAGCCGUCGACUAAAAUUCUCUCUCUUGGUUGUUAUCACGUCGCUCAUCUAUUUCACAUGCUAAUAGUCAAAUUAACUUAUGCCUUCAUCAUUGUUGCAUCAAUCUGUGUUUAAUACACAAAGAUAUUGAUGGAAGUGAUCAAUCAGUCAACUCAGUACGCAAAAUUUCACUUUCAUCUCUUGUUUCUCUAGCAAAUUCUUCUCCAUUUUGACUUUUCUACAAUGGCACGGUGUCGUUUGCUUCUGUUCCUUGCUGCGCUUUCCUCUAUUUUUGGACUCCUUCAUGCCAGUGCUGGCGAUGCCGAUCCGAUUUACAGUGCUUGUGUUGAUCAAUGUGAAAAGACUGGAUGCGUGGGGGACGAAUGCUCUCAACAUUGCAAUUUUACUUCCGGGGGGAUUCCCAUUGAUGGUCCAUGGUAUCUACAGGAACCACUUUAUCUGAGAUGGAAACAAUGGGACUGCCUUAGUGAUUGUCGUUACCACUGCAUGCUUGCCAGAGAGAAAGAACGGAAGAAAGUUGGUCUUAAGCCUGUCAAGUAUCAUGGAAAAUGGCCUUUUCAGCGUGUCAAUGGAAUCCAGGAACCUGUUUCUGUGGCUCUUUCUGCUCUUAACCUUGCCAUGCAAUUCCAUGGAUGGGUAUCCUUUUUCAUUUUUGUGAAUUACAAGCUGCCAUUUAGGCCAAACAGAAAGCCAUUUUAUGAAUACACUGGCUUGUGGCAUAUCUACGCUAUUUUUGCAAUGAACUCCUGGUUCUGGAGUGUUGUUUUCCAUAGUAGAGACGUAAACUUGACUGAGAAGCUAGACUAUUCGUCUGCCGUUGCAUUGUUGGGUUUUUCUCUCAUCCUGGCUGUAUUGAGAGUCUUUAGUGUGACAGAUGAGGCAGCAAGAGUAAUGGUUUCUGCUCCGCUUGUUGCAUUUGUGACAACCCACAUCUUGUAUCUUAACUGUUACCAGCUUGACUAUGGGUUAAACAUGAAAGUCUGUUUGGGUAUGGGAAUUCUGCAGCUCAUCUUAUGGGCUGUCUGGGCAAGGGUUACUCGCCAUCCAUCACGCUGGAAAUUAUGGGUGGUGGUGAUUGGUGGAGCUCUUGCUGCACUCCUUGAGAUAUAUGACUUUCCUCCCUAUAGGGGUUUUGUGGAUGCCCAUGCUCUAUGGCAUGCCACCACCAUUCCUCUGACCUACUUGUGGUGGAGCUUUGUGCGGGAUGACAGUGAAUUCAGGACAACAACUCUCACCAAGAAAGCAAAGUAGAUUGAAGAAUUGUGUGCUUCGUUCUAAUUGCUAAUGAGUAUGAAAUCAUUGCUUGUUUAGGUCUUUGUUAGUAGUCACUAGCUGUCCUUUUUUCUCGCAAUGUGCAUUUGUAGUAGAUGUCUACUCAUGCGAGUUUCGCUAUUUCCAGCUUCAGUAGAUCUAGGUCGGACUCGUUGUUUUGAUUGUCACACUCAUCUCGUGUAGUUUUGUAAUAACGUUUAACACUCUCUGUCCGUGGCUUGAACUUUACUUGAGCUGAGUCGCAAGAUAAAUUCAUUUAAAUCUCCUUGAUAUGAAUUA